AUGGCGGAUCAGCUCACUGACGAUCAGAUCUCUGAGUUCAAGGAAGCCUUCAGCCUAUUCGACAAGGAUGGUGAUGGUUGCAUUACCACGAAGGAGCUUGGCACCGUGAUGCGUUCCCUCGGUCAGAACCCGACCGAAGCCGAGCUUCAGGACAUGAUCAACGAAGUGGAUGCAGAUGGUAACGGAACCAUCGAUUUCCCCGAGUUCUUGAACCUGAUGGCUCGGAAAAUGAAGGACACGGACUCCGAGGAAGAGCUCAAGGAAGCGUUCAGAGUGUUUGACAAAGACCAGAACGGUUUCAUCUCGGCUGCUGAGUUGAGACACGUGAUGACCAACCUCGGGGAGAAGCUGAGUGAUGAAGAGGUCGAUGAGAUGAUUAAGGAAGCUGAUGUUGAUGGUGAUGGUCAGAUCAACUACGACGAGUUCGUCAAGGUUAUGAUGGCCAAGUGA